AUGUAUGUGGGAGCGCUGGCUCAGAAGGUCAGGCUCCCUGAGAGUGAAUUGAUUACAGAUGGACUUUUCAGCCUGAAAGCAGAACUUCAGCAGCUUGUAACGCUAAGCACCCCUCAUCCCAAAAACAACAGCGCGGGUGAAUGUGACCCCUCGCUUGACGCUGACACAAGCAAGAACAGAAACUCGGUGGCAUACGCGGGCCAGAAGCCGUGGCUGCUCAAUGCCACCGUGGAGGAGAACAUCACCUUCGGGAGUCCCUUCAACAAGCAAAGGUACAAAGCCGUCACCGACACUUGCUCGCUACAGCCGGACAUAGACCUGUUGCCGUUUGGAGAUCAGACAGAGAUUGGAGAGCGGGGGAUUAAUCUGAGUGGCGGGCAGAGGCAGAGGAUAUGCGUCGCACGCGCCCUCUAUCAGAACACCAAAAUUGUAUUCCUGGACGAUCCGUUCUCGGCGCUGGACAUCCAUCUUAGUGAUCACCUGAUGCAGGAAGGAAUCCUGAAGUUCCUACAAGAGGACAAGAGGACGGUCGUCCUGGUUACACAUAAGCUGCAGUAUCUGCCGCACGCUGAUUGGAUCAUCGCCAUGAAAGACGGCUUCGUCCUGCGAGAGGGGACGUUGAAGGAUAUUCAGAAUAAUGAUAACGAACUUUACGAGCACUGGAAAACUCUGAUGAAUCGCCAAGACCAGGAGUUAGAGAAGGACACAGAAGCUGACCAGGCCACCAUGGAGAGAAAGACCCUGCGACGUGCCAUGUACUCCCGAGAGGCCAAGUGUCACAUUGAGGAGGAAGAAGAGGAGGAAGAGGAGGAGGAUGAGGAAGACAAUAUGUCUACGGCCAUGCGGCUGAGGACUAAGAUGCCGUGGAGAACGUGCUGGAGAUACCUCACCUCCGGGGGAUUUUUCCUGCUCUUCCUGAUGUUCUUCUCCAAGCUCCUGAAACAUUCUUUUAUUGUGGCCAUAGACUACUGGCUGGUGCCCUGGACCUCACAGUCCCUGAGUCUCAGCAGCGGUUCCGUGUCGUCCAACUAUACGUAUGAACAGAACCGGACCUACUACGUGACGGGGUUCAGUAUCCUGAGCGCCUCUGGGAUCCUCCUCUGCCUCAUCACCUCGCUCAGCGUGGAGUGGCUCGGACUCACGGCUGCCAGGAACCUGCACGAUAACCUGCUGAACAAGAUUAUCCUGGCGCCAAUCAGGUUCUUUGACACCACGCCGCUGGGGCUGAUAUUAAAUCGCUUUUCUGCUGACACGAACAUCAUUGAUCAGCACAUCCCCCCCACCCUGGAGUCUCUCACCCGUUCCACCCUCCUCUGCCUCUCAGCGAUCGGGGUGAUCAGCUACGCCAACCCCUACUUUCUGAUUGUCCUGUUACCCCUCAGCGUCGCUUUCUACUUCAUCCAGAAAUACUUCCGAGUCGCCUCCAAGGAUCUCCAGGAGCUGGAUGACAACACUCAGCUGCCGCUGCUCUGCCACUUCUCCGAGACGGCCGAAGGCCUCACAACCAUCCGAGCAUUCAGACACGAAUCCAGGUUCAAGCAGCGGAUGCUGGAACUGACCGACACCAACAACCUGGCGUACCUGUUCUUAUCCGCCGCCAACCGGUGGCUGGAAGUCAGGACGGAUUACCUGGGCGCCUGCAUUGUGCUGACCGCGGCCGUCACCUCUAUCACCUCUGGCCUCACCUCGGCGGUGGUCGGUCUGGGCCUCACGUACGCUCUGACGGUAACUAACUACCUGAACUGGGUGGUGAGGAACCUGGCCGAUUUGGAGGUGCAGAUUGGAGCUGUGAAGAAGGUGAACAGUUUCCUGACCAUUGAAUCGGAGUGCUACGAGGGGACGAUGGAUGCACAACAGGUACCGGAUGACUGGCCAAAGGACGGAGAGAUUAAAAUAAGUGAUUUGUGCGUCCGAUAUGAGAGUAACCUCAAGCCGGUUCUGAAGCACGUCAAGGCGUACAUUAAGCCAGGACAAAAGGUUGGGAUCUGUGGCCGCACCGGCAGCGGGAAAUCCUCCCUGUCCUUGGCCUUUUUCCGAAUGGUGGAUAUAUUAGAUGGUAAAAUCGUCAUCGAUGGGAUAGACAUUUCCAAGCUACCUCUACAUACGCUGCGUUCCAGACUGUCCAUCAUUCUCCAAGACCCCGUGUUAUUCAGCGGAUCCAUACGGCUGAACCUGGAUCCAGAAUGUAAGUGCACAGAUGACCGGCUCUGGGAAGCCCUGGAUAUCGCUCAGCUUAAGAACCUGGUGAAGUCUCUGCCAGGAGGGCUUGACGCCAUGGUGACGGAGGGCGGUGAGAACUUCAGCGUAGGUCAGAGGCAGCUCUUCUGCUUAGCCCGAGCGUUUGUCCGCAAGAGCAGUAUCCUGAUAAUGGACGAAGCCACGGCUUCCAUCGAUAUGGCCACGGAAAAUAUUUUGCAGAAGGUGGUAAUGACGGCGUUUGCAGAUCGCACCGUUGUAACGAUUGCACACCGAGUGUCCUCCAUCUUGGACGCAGGCCUGGUGUUAGUCUUAUCCGAGGGUAUAUUGAUAGAGAGUGAUUCCGCCACAAAUCUCCUCACCAACCCGGACGGUCUCUUUACCUAUCUGGUCAAGAGUCACAAGUAGAUUGUGUCAGACGCUGCUCCCUGCUCUCUGGUUGGUACAAUGAUCUCCC